AUGCCUUCGUCAGUAACAAAGGCAUUGGCGGGAAAUUUCAAGUCCUAUGGGGCUUGUUAUCAUCAGAAGUGGGUUUUGAGUAAAGGCCACCGCCAUUCUUCCUUGGAGAAAGAAUUAGAGCUUUUGAGUAAAACGCAAAAGCUCGAUCGCAGGAACUUUCACUCUUGGAACUAUCGUAGGUUUGUUAUGGAGGGUGUUCAUUAUGAAGAAAUCCUCCAGCUGUAUAACGAUCUGAUGACCCUUGAUCCUUCGCAUGUCCAGUACUACAAGGAUGAGCACAGCGUAGCUCUUCUCCGCAAGGAGACUUCAAGCAAUGAGUCCCUGUCCAGACACCUCUUUCGGUACAGGAACAUGAACAAUAUUGCUUGCCUAAGCCUCAGUUACUUUAAAUUAUCUAGGAUGGCCUCUGUCGAGAAGUUGCUGUUUGUCCAAAUGUUAGAUCUCAGUCACAAUGAGCUUCGUACAGCUGAAGGGUUGGAGGCGAUGCAGCUUCUCUGUUGCCUAAACCUAAGCCACAACAGAAUCAGGAGCUUUUCAGCGCUUGGCUCUUUAAGACAUCUGAAGCAGCUUAAAGUGUUGGAUGUUUCACAUAACCACAUGGGCGGCAACUGA